GAACUCGGAUCGGUGGGUUAUCCAGUCGGCCACUUCCUUGUAGGGUGGAGAUAUGGCAACGGGCCUUCUCCCCGCUGCUUCCCCACCGCCGUCAUCAUCUCUCCGAGAAAGAAGACAUCCCCCCGACAUCACCUCCUCCACGUCGUCUUCCUCUUGGUUCCUCUCCCGAUUUCCAUCUAUUCGGUCUUCUCGCUCCUCAUGGCCCUCGGCCGCGACCUCGCGGCGGAGGAGCGGCGGCUUCUCGGUGUCCUGCUGCCUCCCUCCGACCCCCUCCACCAAGCUUUAUGUUAGUGGUCUUUCAUUUCGUACAACCGAGGAAAGUCUUAGAAAUGCUUUCCAAAAUUUUGGUCAGCUCGUAGAAGUUAACCUGGUCAUGGACAGAAUAGCAAAUAGGCCAAGAGGCUUUGCUUUUCUUCGUUAUGCCACCGAAGAGGAAUCCAAAAAGGCCAUUGAGGGGAUGCAUGGAAAGUUCCUGGAUGGGAGAGUCAUUUUUGUAGAAGUUGCAAAACCAAGGUCAGACGUGCGCCAGGCUUCAAGACAAACUCCGGAGCGGUACCGAUCGUGAUUUGCUACGUCCUGGCAUCAUAUAGUUUGUACCUGAAUCCAGCAUGCAACAUUUUCUCGGCUCUUUUGUUACUGCAAACUUGUUUUCUGGUUUAAUUCCUGAUUUGUCAAGCAGGACUUGUUUUCUUCCUACUAAAUUUUUAAUGAAGUUAUUUGUGCAAUUAUGUUGAUGUAUAUGUAGAGACUCUCAUGUUUUUUUGUUAUUAGUCGGCAUUUUGUUAUUAGAA